AUGGCAUACACUACUGAGAAAGGAAAAUUAGUUAAUGCUAAACAAUUAAAACCUGGUUGUGGAGACAAAUGUCGGUUGAAGUGUACACUUAAGAUUAAUGAGCAGCAAAGAUUAGUAAUAUUCAAUAACUUUUGGAUAUUAGGUGAUUUGAAUAGACAGCGAGAUUUUGUCAAAAAUGCUAUGAAAGAAGUAAAACCGAAAUAUUCGCUACAUAAUGCUCAGAGUAAAAGAUCUAUUAAUGCGGCUUAUCAUUUAACAGUAGAUGGUAUAAUUAUAAGGGUAUGUAAAAAGUUCUUUAUGCAUACUUUGGACAUUGGGCACUCAUUUAGAACGACGGCAUGUAAGAAAACAACAUCAUCGGGUAUAGUUUUAGAAGAUUUAAGAGGUAUGCAUAACAAGAAAGGUAAACUAUUACCUGUCUUUGUUAAGGAUGGAGUACGUGAACACUUAAACUCAUAUCCUACUAAGGAAUCGCACUACUGUCGAUCAUCAUAA